UUUUAAGCUUGAAAUAUUGAAAAGAUACCUAGAAAAUGGAGGGCGUAUUCUUGUGAUGCUGGGGGAAGGUGGAGAAUCUAAAUAUGACACGAACAUAAACUUUUUGUUAGAGGAAUAUGGAAUUAUGGUAAAUAAUGAUGCUGUUGUGAGAAAUAUGUACUACAAAUAUUUCCACCCUAAAGAAGCAUUAAUAUCAAAUGGAGUUUUGAACAGAGAAAUUAGUCGAGCUGCUGGAAAAUCUGUGCCAGGCGUAAUGGAUGAAGACAGCAAUGGCAACAACUUGCAAGCCCUAACGUUUGUUUAUCCAUUUGGUGCCACACUGAGUGUAAUGAAGCCAGCCAUUGCAGUGUUGUCAACAGGUUCUGUAUGUUUUCCCCUCAACAGACCGAUUCUGGCAUUCUACUAUUCCAAGCUCCAAGGUGGAAAGUUGGCUGUGCUAGGAUCUUGUCACAUGAUCAGUGACCAGUACCUUGACAAAGAAGAAAAUGGCAAAAUCAUGGAUGUUGUUUUUCAAUGGCUGACUACAAAUGAAAUCCAGUUGAACCAAAUCGAUGCAGAGGAUCCAGAGAUUUCAGAUUACACCAUGCUUCCAGAUACAGCUAAACUGUCUGAAAGAUUGAGGGUUUGUCUGCAGGAAGGAGAUGAAAAUCCAAGAGAUUUUACUACUCUCUUCGACAUGUCAGUCUUUAAGCUGGACACAAUGGCUCUUCCAAAAGUUAUCACGGCUUAUGAACAACUAAAUGUGAAACAUGAAUCACUGCAACUAAUACAACCUCAAUUUGAAACACCCCUGCCUACACUACAGCCAGCUGUCUUUCCUCCCUCUUUUCGAGAGUUACCAGCACCAACCUUAGACCUCUUUGAUCUUGAUGAAACAUUUUCAUCUGAGAAAGUCAGACUUGCUCAGCUGACUAACAAAUGUACUGAUGACGAUCUCGAAUUUUAUGUUCGCAAGUGUGGUGACAUUCUCGGUGUAUCAAAUAGGCAAGAUAGUCGCAGCGCAAAAGAAAUUUUAGAGCAUAUCUUUUUCCAGGUGGUGGAGUUUAAGAAGCUGAAUCAGGAUCAUUAUCUAGACACACAGGAGGCUGGUUUAAGUACUUUGCCAAAUAACUGAAAUUGAACUUUUGCACCACCAUGGAUUCAGCAAAUCUUCUUGCGAUGAAGAUAUCGGCAGGACUUGGUUCUUCUACAACUUGUAACUCACAAAAUGUUAGAUUCCUUAUUCAAAAAUGUAUAUUUUUGUAUUGAAAGGCUUAAUCAUUUGUCUGUACACAAAGGCAUUUUAUACACUACAUUGUUGCAUUUAAGAUGAUGGUGAACUUAUCCUAUUUUAAAACACUCAUGCUUCUACAUACCUUCAGUUACUGAUUAGCACUUAAUUUUAAUCUCAAGUCCAUCUUUCCAUAAUAUAUCAUUUAAUGUAACAGGUGUCUAGAUGAGAAUUUUGAUUUUAAAUUGCACACAUUUACUUGAGCAUUUCUGUUUAGUUUUCGGUUUGUACUUUAAUUUGUAAAUAAAAGGUUUUUUAUUACACAUUCAUGUUUAUUAUUUACAUACUAGCACUUUGAGAUAGUUAGUAGGGCAGUAAUGGUGAAGAGUUAGCCUAACUGACGUCAUAAUAAAACUGAGACUACAGAAAU